AUGCACUCUUCACUUAUUAUCGGCGCUGCAUCUGCGGCACUCUUUAGCCUUGCUGAGGGCCACGGAUGGUUGACUGGUGCCCGAGUCAAUGGCGCCGGUUGGACAGACGGGCAGAACCCAAACUGGUACUAUAUUACCAGUCCUCCGGCUACGGCGGGCUGGAAAGCUCUCAACCAGGACAACGGCUUUGUCGAUCCGGCUUCAUUCCAGACCUCAAACAUUGACUGCCAUAAGAGCGCAGUCACAAACACCCAGUAUGUCACCGCCAACGCUGGUGACACACUCACACUGUACUGGAACACCUGGCCCGAUAGCCACAAAGGUCCAAUCAUCAACUAUAUUGCACCUGUUUCAAGCUUCGCCUCGGCAACCGCAGGCAACCUGGGCUGGUCUAAGAUUUCAGAAGCUGCCUGGAUCUCGGGAUCUAACCCAGGAACCUGGGUAACUGACACGCUCAUCGCCACCGGGAAUUUCAGCAGCACCGUCAAGAUUCCCUCAAAGCUCAAGGCCGGUAAUUACAUCCUUCGCCAUGAGAUCAUCGGACUCCACAGCGCCGGCAACGACAAUGGCGCGCAGGCCUACCCGCAGUGUCUUAACCUCGUAGUCGGUGGUAGCGGAACUGUAUCAGCACCGGCUGGAACAAAAGGCACUGCCCUCUAUAGCAGAACCGACCCGGGAAUCCUGUUCGACCUCUACAGGACAUUCUCGAGCUAUACUAUUCCCGGGCCUGCUCUGUGGACUGGGGCCAACUAG